CGCUGGCGGCUAGCGCCCGGGAGCGCCGCAGGGUCGCUGGAGCUGGCCGCAUCCUUUGUGCGGCGCUCGGGCUGCGCAGCGGGGUGGCGGGACGGAAUGCGGGCGCUGUGGGGGCUUUUCUCUUCUGCCCAAACUCUGGAAACAAUGGUCUGAGAGGGGAACAUGGAUUGAGGGGCGCGAGCGGGCAGGCGAGCUGCGCGGGGAAUCAUGACUUCGGCCGCGGAGAUUAAAAAGCCACCGGUGGCCCCCAAGCCCAAGUUUGCUGUGGCAAAUAAUAAGCCAGCUCCACCUCCUGUUGCACCUAAACCUGACAUUGUGAUUUCUAGUGUUCCACAGUCAACAAGGAAAGCCAAACCGGCUAUUGCUCCCAAACCAAAAGUUCUGAAGAGUUCUGUUCGAGACGUUGGGCAGUCACCAUCAAGGAAAAUUUCUUCAAACCUGGAAGAGCUUAAACAAGAAUUACCUGAAAGCACUGACAACUUUAAUUGCAAAAAUAUAGGGGAUGAGAAUAGUGAUUGUACUUUACCAGUGUGUUCCUGCAGUUCUGAGUGUAUACAUAAGCCUGGAAAUAGAGAGAAUUUAUAUGUAAAGCAGCUUGUUUUAGAGCCCCUGGAAAUGAAUGAAAAUUUAGAAAACAGUAAAAUUGAUGAGUCUUUGACUAUAAAAACUAUGAGUAAAUAUGAUUCUCAUGGUGAAAAGGUCAAGAACCAGACUAAAGUAGUUUUAAAGGCAAGCAUCCUAGAAGAGAAGCUCAAAGAUGUCUUAACACACCGAACGUCACCUUUUAUUUCCUCAAAGAAGCACAGGUCUGCAGACAACCCAGAAAUGAAUGGUGGCUGUAAUUCAAACAGACAAUUGAGAAUUGAAUUUUCAGAUUUGUCACCUUCCCCGUCCAGCUUCAAAAACGUUCCUGAUCAUCACAGUUGCCACUUACAGCCUCCUAGUGAUGAAUUUCAAAAAUUUGAAACUUGUCAGGAUGGCAGUGGAAAAAGCAAUAAUUACUUUCAUUCAUCCAAACUAGAAGCUCUAGAAAAUGGUAAAAGGAGUACUUUUAUAUCUUCAGAUGAAAUUAGUAAAAAAUCAGAAGUCAAAGACCUUGGCCCCUUAGAAAUUCAGUUAGUACCAUGUACCCCCAAAUUUCCAACUCCCAAGCCCAGAAAGACACGUGCUGCUUGUCUAUUACGCCAAAAGUAUGUAGAUACUCCUAGUGAAAGUACUGAAGACCCAGAAAAUUCAAACAGUAGCUCUUGUCUUAUCGAAGAUAGUUUGAAAAACAAUGAAAUCAAUGUUCUUCAUCAGAAUGUUUUAUGUAACCAAGAACAGGUGGACAAAAUGAAUCCAGGAAAUAAAAGUGAAUUAAAUAUGGAUUCCAACCGUGACAGACAGGACUUAGUCAGUUCACACAAAGCCCUGGAUCAGGAAACAUCUUCCUUUGAAAAAAUGACUCCUUCAUUAGACUCUAAUUUGAUUUCUGACAGCACUACAAUAGAUGGUUCUACUAUGUCACUUGCUCUGGACAAAGGGACCAGUUUUCUAAGAUGCAGUACUCUAUCUAUGAGCCUGCCUAAGCAGCUCAAAUUAAAUUGCAAUGAACAUUUGCCUACUUCCUGUAACUUGGGAGUUUCUGCCCCUCAAAUGCAAAAGGAAUCUAUAAUAAAAGAGGAAAGUUCCUCAAGAAUUGUCCCCAAAAAACCUCAAAGACACAGCUUGCCUGCUGCAGGAGUGCUUAAAAAGGCCGCAUCUGAGGAGCUUGUGGAGAAAAGUUCUUAUCCCUCAAAUGAAGAAAGAAAUUCAGAGAGAGGUCUAGAAAGAAAUCAUCUUCAGCAUUUGUGUGCCCAGAACCCUGGUGUGUCAUCCUCCUUUGAUGUGCCUAAACAGGCUUCAGAAAAGCCUGUGUGGAAAUUACCUCAUCCUAUUUUACCCUUUUCAGGGAAUCCAGAAUCCUUGAAAUCUGUCACCAUAUCCUCAAAUAAUGAGCCUUCAACUGGCCUAACCAAGCCUAGAGCAAAAUCAUUAUCUGCUGUGGAUAUGGAAAGGUGCACUAAACCUUGCAAGGACUCUACAAAGAAAAACUCUUUUAAAAAGUUGCUCAACAUGAAACUGUCCAUCUGUUUCAUGAAGAGUGACUUUCAGAAAUUGUGGUCCAGGAGUAGCCAACUUGGAGACACAACCGCAGGCAACCUCUCCUAUAGGGAACGGAAAGGGAUUGAAGGUGAUUGGCAUGGCUUCUUGGUAGGAGAAGGGAAGAGAAGUAAACCUAUCAAGGCAUAUUCUGCAGAUAACUCCAGCCUAGAAUCUCAAAAAAAGAGGAAGAAGUCUCGGGCCCAGGCCAGUGCGGCUAAUGGUCUGAGAACUGAGUCUUUGGAUGACCAAAUGCUCUCUAGGGAGAGGGAGUUGUCACCUCAGGCACCUUGCAAGUCUGUUACAAGCAUCUGUGCCCCAGAGUAUGAAAAUAUACGCCAUUAUGAGGAAAUACCAGAGUAUGAGAACUUGCCAUUUAUUAUGGCUGGAGGGAAAACUCCAGAGUUGGAAUGGCAGAAUUCCAGCAGCAUGGAGGACACUGAUGCAAACGUGUAUGAGGUAGAAGAGCCAUAUGAAGCUCCAGAUGGCCAGCUGCCACUUGGACCCAGACAUCAGCAUUCCAGUUCUGGAGCAUUCCAGGAGGAACAGAAUGAUCUCGAUCUUGGUCUUGGUGACCUUCCCUCUGAUGAGGAGGAAGACAUCAACAGUUCUGAUGAAGACGAUGUCAGCUCUGAGUCCAGUAAAGGAGAGCCUGACCCACUGGAAGAUAAACAGGUACAUUUUGGUUGUUCCUACUUUUGGGUAUUUUGGCUUCUCACUAUGCUUGGGGAUAAUAUUUAUCAGCCUGCUAGGCACAAAAACCUUGGUGAGUUUUCUUACAAUUUAGUUCGUGAUGUGUUAAAACUUUUGCAUAUUGACUUCCGGGAUGCAGUAGCCCAUGCUUCCAGGCAACUUGGGAAACCAGUGAUUGAGGACCGGAUUCUAAAUCAGAUCCUAUACUACUUGCCUCAGCUGUAUGAGCUCAACCGGGAUCUCCUAAAGGAACUGGAGGAAAGAAUGUUGAACUGGACUGAACAACAAAGAAUUGCUGAUAUCUUUGUAAAGAAGGGACCAUAUCUGAAAAUGUAUUCUACAUACAUAAAAGAAUUUGAUAAGAAUAUAGCUUUGCUGGAUGAACAGUGCAAGAAAAACCCAGGCUUUGCUGCCGUUGUCAGAGAGUUUGAGAUGAGCCCACGCUGUGCUCACCUGGCCCUCAAGCACUACCUCCUCAAGCCGGUUCAGCGGAUCCCUCAGUACAAGCUGCUGCUGACAGAUUAUUUGAAGAAUCUCAAAGAAGAUGCUGGAGAUUACAGAGACACUCAAGAUGCGCUUGCUGUUGUCAUAGAGGUAGCCAACCAUGCCAAUGACACCAUGAAGCAAGGAGACAACUUUCAGAAACUUAUGCAAAUUCAGUACAGCUUAAGUGGACACCAUGAAAUAGUGCAGCCUGGACGGGUUUUUCUCAAAGAAGGAACUCUGAUGAAGUUAUCUCGGAAAGUAAUGCAGCCCCGAAUGUUUUUCCUGUUUAAUGACGCCUUGCUGUAUACAACACCGGUGCAGUCUGGGAUGUAUAAACUGAACAACAUGCUCUCAUUGGCUGGAAUGAAGGUUAGAAAACCCACCCAAGAAGCAUAUCAGAAUGAAUUAAAGAUUGAAAGUGUAGAGCGUUCCUUCAUUCUCUCAGCCAGUUCUGCCACAGAAAGGGAUGAAUGGCUAGAAGCGAUUUCCAGAUCAAUAGAAGACUAUGCCAGGAAAAGAAUCACCUUCUGUCCUAGUAGGAGUCUUGAAGAGGCAGACUCAGAAAAUAAAGAGGAACUUAGUCCUCUUGGAUCAAAGGCUCCCAUCUGGAUUCCUGAUACCAGAGCCACAAUGUGUAUGAUCUGCACAAGUGAAUUUACUCUAACCUGGAGACGACACCACUGCCGAGCCUGCGGAAAGAUUGUAUGCCAAGCUUGUUCAUCAAAUAAGUAUGGCUUAGAUUACCUGAAAAAUCAACCAGCAAGAGUAUGUGAACAUUGUUUCGAAGAACUGCAAAAAUUAGAUCACCAGCACUCCCCUAAGAUUGGAUCUCCUGGAAAUCACAAAUCUCCUUCCAGUGCCUUAUCUUCAGUCUUACAUAGUAUUCCAUCAGGGAGGAAACAGAAAAAAAUCCCAGCUGCUCUCAAAGAAGUAUCAGCAAACACAGAAGAUUCUUCUAUGAGUGGCUACUUGUACAGAUCAAAGGGCAAUAAGAAACCUUGGAAACACUUGUGGUUUGUCAUAAAAAAUAAAGUACUAUAUACAUACGCUGCAAGUGAGGACGUGGCAGCCUUGGAGAGUCAGCCUUUACUAGGAUUCACUGUUACUCAAGUCAAAGAUGAGAACUCAGAGUCUAAAGUAUUUCAGUUACUGCACAAAAACAUGUUAUUUUAUAUAUUCAAAGCAGAUGAUGCUCACUCAGCUCAGAAGUGGAUAGAAGCAUUUCAGGAAGGCACAGUAUUGUAGCAGUAAUGGUUUCAUCUCUUCUGUGGCUCCAAGGAGGUGGAAUUUCAUCAAAAUGGAGUAAAUGUAAUUCAAAAGUUUUAUAAAAAUGAACACUGCCAAGAUAAAUCCAAGUAGACUUUUCAUCAGAUAUGAGAAAUUAUUUUGUUAGGUAAUAAGUACUUGUUUUGAAAUUGUUUGUUUUUUUCAUGUAUGUUAUUUAUUAAAAUUUUGACGUUUACUUAAUGGUCAGAAUUAUUUCUGAGAUUCACACUGAAUUCUAAAGUACCAUUUCUUUAGAGAAUAGAAAACCUACUUAAUACUGUAUACUGUAUUAACUAUCUGUGACACAGUCGACACUGUUUUCUCUACCUUAUGUUGUAACAUUCUUACUAGUGGUAAAUCUUUGUAAGUUAAAAACACAUAUCAAGGAAUAAAUUUCCAUGCAGUGCUUGGUUUAGGAAUUAUUAUAAAACUGCUGAUGAAAAAAUGCAUGUCUUUGAAUCAAUAAACUUAGAUGAUUUUUA